AUGAUACAUGUGGGAAAAUUACUUGAUCUCAUUCAGGCUCUUGAAGAGCCGCAGUCGCAGGGGGGGAACACAACUGAAGGCAAGAUUCUUAGCUGGCCGGAUACGGCUUGGCCCAAGCUGAUUACAAAGCAGGCUCGCAAUGUCUUCCUGGAUGAAAUAUUGAUGAAGCCUUUGGGAGUUUUCGGGAAGAAGAAGUCGCGUGGUGGAAAUCACAAGGCGCUACCCGCCCUGGAAAAUAUUUGUAUUGAUGACCCUCGUUGCGGGGAGAUUGAAGAUAUGUCUAGCCCUUCCAUCCUGCAGCUAAAUAAAGCUGGGUUUUCCACAAAAAACAAUUGUCUCCGCUUCGAUCAUCUUGCGCGGAGGGAUAUUAGCAGGCAUUGCAAAGAAAUGUACCCAGAAGAUCUCUUUGAUAUCCAUGAAAAAUUCACUUUUGCGCUCCGGGCGGCAAUGAAGGCAAAGGUUGAGAUUUGCUGGGGCGCAAAUUUUCGUCAACGGAUGUUCAAGAAACUUGACCUAGAACCCCUUCGCCUCUGGGGUGAUUUCGCAGGCUUGACUUUCGCUAUAAGGAACGCCUGGAAAGGCCAAGCGGCGGCCCAAUUGAAGGAAGUCUUUCCUGAGGCCAUUCUUUCAACAGAACAAUCGCAUCGCAUUCGCGUCACGAAUGAAGAUCAGGCAACAUUUCAAAGGGUAUUUGGACUCGUGAUUAAACUCGAGCCUAGUCAGAUUGCCGAAACCCUUAACACACUACCUGCUACAAAUGAUAAGAUUCGGAGGAAUCCAGGACUUCAAAUGAUAGCAGAGUACUGGCAUGGCCUAGAGAAACUAUCAUGCGCCUUUAUAUCUAUUCUCGGCGCAAAGGCCCAUUCUUUGCGAGCAAAUGAUCUACAAGCAAUCAACUGCUUUUCGGGUGAUCUUCCAGCGGAGUUCGAAGAGUCCGAUUGCUGGGAUUGGGAGGACCUUCCUAUUCCAUUAGUCGAGUUCAUACAAGCACAAGACGGGCUCAAAUUCAACAAACGCAAAAUCAUGUGUCGUGCUGAUCUUGAGAAUGCCUACCAUCUUCUGCAGAGAUGCGAAGGCAAUCUUAAAAUUCUGGACAUACUCACACUGGCCUUUGCGGUGCUGGGUGCUUACGGCUGGAUGAUUGCUCGUCCAAGAAAGCAUCUUGUUGAUGAUAUGCUCAUCCUGCGCGAGCCUCCUCAUGAUGUUAUCGCCCGCAAGUGCUCCGGAUGCAACAAGGAACACUUGGACGAUCCCUUUGCUUACUGGUCAAAGCUUGACACCGAUUGUUACGUCCUUUGGUAUUAUUUUAGAUCCAAUUGUGGCCGGCCAGAGUGCACAACAAAGGGUGUCGACCUUUUACCUCUUGAUAGUCAGAUAAGGUACUCGCGUUCCACGCAAAAUGCCCUAAAGGCGAAACCCGUGGACCGAUUUGACAAGUGGUUUCUACUCUGCCCAGGGGAAUAUGGAGCACUUCCGAGCAAGCUACAAGUCAUGUGCCAGGGUGAAGACUGCCAGGAGACAAUUAGUAAAAUCACAAUGGUCCGCUCAUGA